AUGCAUCAUCGUCAAUAACAAACCUACGCCCGCGCCGGUCUUUUAGGUCGAGGUGGCUCUUCCCGCGUCUACCGUGUCUUGGACGAGAAGAACCAACUCUUCGCGAUCAAAAAAGUCGACAUUUCGAAAAACGACGCCGAAUCAAGGCAGAGUUUCGCGAAUGAGAUUUCGUUGUUGGAGAAGUUGAGGGGCAAGCCGCAGAUCAUUCAGUUGAUCGAUUCCGAGAUUGGGGAGAACAAGAGGCAUUUGUUGAUGGUGAUGGAACAGGGGGAAACGGAUUUGAAUAAUCUGUUGAAUGAACAUUCGGGGAAGAAGAUUAGUAUGAACUUUAUUCGGUAUAUCUGGGAAGGGGUGAGUUCUCUUGCUGUGAGGAUGAUGAGGGAUCGAGUUUGGGUAGCUGACAAGGGCUGCUCUUCCCUCCUAAGAUGCUCGAGGCCGUUCAUGUGAUCCACAACGAAAACGUCGUUCAUACCGACCUCAAACCGGCCAACUUUGUCCUCGUCAAAGGCCGACUCAAGCUCAUCGAUUUCGGUAUCUCCAAGACGAUUGCGAAUGAUACGACCAACAUAGGGAGGGAUCAACAGAUUGGGACGGCGAACUAUAUGCCUCCUGAGGCCUUGAUUGAUUCGGGAAUGGGGAGGGAUGGCAAGAGGUUGAUGAAGGUGCGUGCGGGUAUCCGUUUUCGUCAUCAUUCACGAAAGCUGGGUACUGACCCAUAUUCGAUUUUCUCCUCACAGCUCGGCCGAGCCGCCGACGUCUGGUCCCUAGGUUGCAUCCUUCACCAAAUGGUCUACGGCCGCACGCCCUUCGCGCACAUCCGCGACAUCGUCAAAAGAUCAUGGCGAUCCAGAACCCCAACUACAAGUUCGAAUUCGCGCCUACCACAACGCCGUCGAUGAACGAGGGGUCGAGAUCCCUGACUUGCAGACGGAGUUGAUCGAGGAGGUAUUGGAGACGUUGGAGUGUGUCUCAAGUUUGAUCCCAAGACGAGGGCAACGAUCCCGGAGUUAUUGGAGCAUCCGUUUUUGAGAAAACGUAAGUUGGCUCUGUAGUUUGGACAAUCUGAGGGUCGGGGACUGAUCUUCCUAUGGAUUUGCAAACCUGCUCGAAGCGGCUCCACCGAUCAGGGAGGAAGAUCUGCAUUGGCUCGUGCAGAGCGUGACCAAACUAGUGACGGGCAAGCAGCUCGACGAGACGGACAUGCCCAAGGUUUCGGACGUGAGUCAUAGCUCAAGGUAUAGAUAACCUGAUGGAGGGCAAUCGAGCUGACAUCUUUCGCGGAUUGGCGUAACAGAAAUUGAUGAGGGGUCUGAUCGGACGCGCUCGAGGCCGGGUUUACGAUCGAUACAAGUGAUCAUUUCAUCUUCAACUCCUCGCAAAAACUUCGUCCAUUUCGCUGUAUCUUCUCUACGCCUGUGAUGGAUGACCGUGCUUGCCCUCCCUUCACGACCUUGUCACGACUUUCGACUUUCUUCCCUCUCCAUUUUUUUGUCACAUUCUUUCUUUGUCCCCGUUGUUUACUUUGUUCUUUGUUAGCGUUUCUUUGGUUUUUCUUCUGGUUUCUUGACGCAUUGUUCAUAAGAUGGGGAUUUAGUUUGGGUGGAGUUGUCUUGGAAUCUGAUUGGGAGAUGUGUGCUUUGGCUUUCAACGAUUCCUGCUGCCGAGAGGAUCACGUGGUGAGGUCUCGUCUUGACUCGGACUAAUAUGAAGCGAAAGCACGCGGGUCGACUUCCUUCUGUUGACUCGAACGCUGCAGGCGUCGGAUCCAUCGAGGACGGUUCCGUUGUUUUUACGACUCUUUUCUUCCUACUUCUCAUAUACCAUUAUACGAGAGGCUGUAACCAUGGCCAGCGACGAAGUCCGCCUUCAACAAGCUCAGACACCCCAGCUCCAAGUUCUCCUCCACCUUACCGUCCGCCUUCCUCGCAUACUCUGCCCAUCCUGCAAUCCCUCAUCCAAUCCACUUCCUUCCGUAUAUGUUCCCUCACCCGCACCCUCUACCUCCCCAUCCCCCACCCUCGCUCACCCUGUCGCUCACCCUUCCCAACCCCUCGACUUCGCGCCCCUCCACCGAACCCUGACGACCCUUCCGUCGCCCUGCAACUCGAAGGACCUCCGUACCCUUACACAGAAGACCAAGCUCGGGGUGGAUCAAGAGUAACACGGAGAAGUAUGAGAGAAUAGUGGCGAGGUGGAUUGAUGCGGGUCGGAUAGGUUGGGAUGAGGAAGGUUGUCCGGUCGGUAAUUUGAGAUUAGGGGAGGGGGCGGGGGCACGUGGUCGGGGAUCUAGGGUCGUUAGAAAGGGUGGUGAUGCAAACUUUAGGGAGGAGGAUGGGAAUGUGGAGCAGGAUAUAGUGUGGAGUUAUGGAUGUGAGUGUCUUUCAGAGCGGCGUCUCGAGGUUGGGGAAGGCUUCCACUCCAACUCUGGGUUUUGUUUGUAUUGCGAACAGUCUUCCUCGCUCCGCAAUAUCACCGACAAGGCAUCAUGGCCGCAGCAUUGAAAUGCAUUAUCGAAUCUUAUUUGCUACCCGUCCUCAAGGCAAGACACAUCCGAUCCUGUGCAUUCGAGGAUAAUUGGGGAUCGCGCAGGACACAAGAAAAUGCGGAUGAGGAGGCUCCCGGACGAGGAUCAUGA